UUGCCUGUGUGAAUUGUAUUGUUUUUUCUUUACUUUUGAAAAUAGAGAUACUUGUUUGGUGGUUUCAUAUUGAAUUGUACUAUAGAAAUGAGCACAAUAGUUUCAAUGAGCACAUACAGAAAUGUGGGAAACUAGAUUUAAUGGACCAUGUUGGUUGGGGGUCUGUAUGGUUGAUUGUGUCCUAAAUGAAGUCCAACACAAAAUAAAACUACUAAUUAGAGUGGGAUUGUGGGACACUUGAUUUCAUGGUUGAUUGCAUGCAGGGAUUGCACGCUUCAUGUCAUUCUUACUAGGACAAAGGUUGCUACAUGCAAAUAAAGCUCUAUGAUUGAUGAUGUUUAAAGAGAAGCCACCAGUGAUAGUUGUUGCACGUUUCAUUCAGUGGGCAUACUGACCAACAAGGUGGAGAAAGACAUGCACAUGCAAGCGAGAUGAUGAAAUUAAUCAUUUAGAAUGCUGUGUCAUUUCAUUUUAUUUUCAAGCUUGACAAUAUGCGUUAAUAUGUUUUUUAACAAAAAAUCAAGGGUGUUAAUUGAACAGUUUUGAAGUGAGGGAAUUAAAAAAAAAUUGCAAGUUUUUUCCCUCCAUUCUUCAUUCUAGGUAUUUCUCUUUGUAUCUUUUACUGAAACUAAGGUAGACAUGCAUGACCGCAAUAAAAUUAUUUUUACACUAUCAGGUGGCAAAGCCCGUAUAAUAAAUAGGAGACCUCCUCUGUUCCAGACAUCCCUAAGUAGUACAACAACUAUACCCUUGGGCGAGCUGCGAUACCCACCACACACCGGCGAGCCGCACGCAGCCGACCGAGCUCCAAAAAUGGCAGCCACGCCAGCGACACCACAGGUGCACAUCGAGUCCAUACAGACGGGCUUGCCGACUCGCGCCAUUGAGCCAGACAGGACGCGCCACAUCGCCGUGACCGCGCCGCCACUCCCGGAGACCGCGCUGCAGUGGCGCCUCCGCGUGGUGCUGUACUACAGCGCCGAUGACGCGCCGUGGGAGGAAGGUAUAUGGGUAAGGGAGUCGCUGGGCGAGGCGCUGUGCUUCUUCCCGGAGAUGGCGGGCAGGCUCCGGCGCCGGGCCGACGGGGACGGGUCGUGGGAGGUGAAGCUGAACGACGCAGGGGUGAGGUUCCAGCAGGCGACGGUGGAGAUGAGCAUGGAGGCUUUCCUGGCGGACAAGGACCGGGCGCGGAAGGAAGCCGCGCUGGCGCCGUGGGUCGACGUGAGCGCCGAGGAUCCUGAUAUGUGCUCGCUCCUCUUCAUGCAGCUGAAUCGAUUCCAGGACGGGGGAUACGCCAUGGGAGUGAGCUGCACGGUGCUGCUGUGUGACCCGCUGUCGCUGGCGAGGUUCCUCCUCACCUGGGCGCGCACGCACAAGGAGAUCAAGGAGCAAAACAAGCUCGUCCUCAGGCCGAUGAUGCAGUACAUGGCAUACUUCGAGCGGCCGGAGAUCUGCUCCAAGCGCAACAGGUCCUUCCCCAUCGACAAUGUCGCCGCCGACGGUGUCCACGCCCAGACCGUGCUCUUCAGGACCACUGCCGGCGCCGCGACCGGCGACCUCCGCACGCUCGCUGCGGCAUGUAUCGACCAGGCGAGCAAGGAGCUCGAGGUGGACAGGGUGUCGCGGUUCACGCUCGUCGUCGCCCCCUGAGACUCCGCCCGUGGAGCGACGAUCGUCGAGACGUCGCUCACGGCGGAUGGCCUGAAGAAGGGUGGCGCCGGCCAUGCGCUGGAAGCCGCGGGGUGGAGCGAGCUGAGGCUGGAGGAGGUGACUCUCAGGGACGUCAACCCCGUGCAUGUGUCGUACAGAAUUGUGGCGGGCGGAGACGAAGGGCUCGUCGUCGUUAUGCCUGACGGCGAUGGUUUCCUCGUCACGGCGACUAUUCCGAAGUAGACGCUGCCAGACGAAAUGAUUUACUUCAAGGAUUGUUAUUCAGUGAACUCAGAUAAGCAAAUGUCGACUCACAAAA